AUCCCAUACAACUCGCUGACCUUUCUUCUGUCCUAUGUCUUCAUUUACUCUCUCUCUCUCUCUCUCACACACACACACACACACACACACACAUAAACACUCAACGGAGGGACUAAGUAGCAGAGAGCUACAGGGGGGUUGGUUGUGUGUGUGUGUGUUAUAAAAGGGCAGGGAAAGCAAAAGCACCCACAGUGAGUGUGGGUAAUACGUACAUAGGUUGGGAUUCGAGAAGCUGGUUGAGUUGUAGUGGGCGGGUGGGGGAAAUGGGAAGGUCUCCUUGCUGUGACAAGGUUGGAUUGAAGAAAGGGCCUUGGACGCCCGAGGAAGAUCAGAAGCUGCUCGCUUAUAUCGAUAAGCAUGGCCAUGGCAGCUGGCGCGCCUUGCCCUCCAAAGCUGGACUUCAGAGGUGCGGGAAGAGUUGCAGACUGAGAUGGACUAACUAUCUCAGACCUGAUAUUAAGAGAGGGAAGUUCAGUUUACAGGAAGAACAAACCAUCAUUCAGCUCCAUGCUCUUUUGGGCAACAGGUGGUCGGCCAUAGCAACGCACUUGCCCAAAAGAACAGACAACGAGAUCAAGAACUAUUGGAACACUCACUUGAAGAAGAGGUUGGCGAAAAUGGGGAUCGACCCCGUCACUCACAAGCCCAAGAACGAAGCCCUCCUGUCCUCCUCUUCCUCCGCCGACGGCCACUCCAAGUCCGCCGCGAACCUUAGCCACAUCGCCCAAUGGGAGAGCGCUCGCCUCGAGGCCGAAGCUCGCCUCGUCCGCCAGUCCAAGCUUCGCUCUUACACCAUCCCUUACAACCACGAGCCCUCUCCCUCCCACGCGCUGCCGACUCGCAGCCUCGACGGGCUCAAUGCGUGGCAAGGCGGCUGGUCCAAGCACGGCGGCGACCUCGAGUCUCCCACCUCCACGCUCAGCUACUCCGAGAACGCCCCUCUCCCGCCGCCCCUCGUGCCCAUGACGGACGUCGGUGGCAAGGGAACGGACGGUGCCUUCAUCGACUUCGUCGGCAACUCGGCGUCGUCGGAGGCCGAAGGUGUUAAGGAGGAGGGGGAGCAGGAGUGGAAGGGGUUUGGAGCUCCGGGUCAUUUGCCGGAUUAUGCUUCCGUCCUCUCCGACAUGGUAAUGCCGGCGGACGCCGUGGAAGGGCCUUGGACGCCGGAGUCUUUGAAGAGGAGCAGCAACGGGCAUGUUUCGGAUCAUGAGAACUUCGUGGAGGGGUUUACGAGCCUUUUGCUGAAUAAAUCGGCGGAGCCUGGGUCCUCCAGUGGCGGCGGAGACUCCGAUAAUGGCGACACUAACGGCGGUGGCGACUUCGAAGAUAACAAGAAUUACUGGAAUAGUAUUCUUAACUUAGUGAAUUGCUCGCCCUCGGAUUCGCCGAUUUUCUGAAGCAGUUAGGAGAGACUGCAACGAAAUUGAUGAAAAAUGGAUAAAUUAAUUUCCGUUGCUAAAUAUAUGUAGCUAGCAAAUUAAAUCGUGUAUAAUUAACUUUCCCGGUGUCAUCAGUCAAAUCAGAUCGAUCAUCGGCCACUACCUCAUUUCAGUUUCUCUACGUGAGAAAAGUUAGAAAAAUACUUUUCUAACAUAAUUGUUACAUUUGUCUUUGUAUUUUUUUUUUUAAAAUUGUAUUUCUCUAGUAAUAAGUUGUUAGUUUUCAGAAAAGUCUACCACACAUUUAGUGCU